CUUUUCUUAACUGGCCCUUUCCUUAACUAACGGUUUGUUUCAGGCUCGGCAUUCGAGCUCCAACGAAGACGAACAUGGCGUCCCUACCUUAUGCCGAUGUGGAUUCCAGCCUGAGAUCACUAGCAGGUCGUGCCGAGGGAUUCGGGCGGUUAUCGGUCGGAGGCCUCAAUGGGCCGGUCUAUCGCGUCACCACUCUCUCAGAUGAUGGUCCGGGAUCCCUUCGUGAAGGUUGCCGUAGAAAAGAGCCACUCUGGAUUGUUUUUGAAGUUUCAGGUGUGAUUCAUCUUUCUUCUUACUUGAGUGUAUCAUCUUAUAAGACAAUUGAUGGUCGGGGUCAAAGGAUAAAGCUCACGGGCAAGGGCUUAAGGCUGAAAGAAUGUGAACAUAUAAUCAUAUGCAACCUUGAGUUUGAAGGCGGUAGAGGGCACGAUGUUGAUGGUAUUCAAAUAAAACCAAAUGCAAGGCACAUAUGGAUAGACCGCUGCAGUCUUCGUGAUUAUGACGAUGGACUUAUAGACAUUACCAGACAAAGCACUGAUAUAACUAUUUCAAGAUGUUACUUUACUCAGCAUGACAAGACAAUGCUUAUUGGGGCAGACCCCUCUCACAUUGGUGAUAGAUGCAUUCGGGUGACAAUUCAUCAUUGUUUUUUCGAUGGGACACGGCAAAGGCACCCUCGCGUUAGAUUUGGAAAAGUUCAUCUAUACAACAACUACACCAGAAACUGGGGUAUAUAUGCUGUUUGUGCCAGUGUGGAAUCCCAGAUCUACUCUCAAUGCAACAUAUAUGAAGCACGACAGAAGAAAAAGACUUUUGAAUAUUAUACAGAGAAGACUCGAAUGUGCAGAACUAUUAUUAUUCAGUAAAUCAUUCCAACUACGAAGAUAUAAGCUAUCUAUACACAUGGAUGUGCUCUCGAUUAGAAAAAGGGUCUUCUCCUGUCAGUGUUUCAAAUAUUUUUUCUUGCAAUGAUUCCAUAGGCAGCAGAUAUGGAAGGGGCAAAGUCUGGCUCAAUAAGAUCUGAGGGAGACUUGUUUCUGAAUGGAGCUCAAGCUUGCUUACUGACAGGGGCCAGUGAAGAAUGUGUGUUCCAUCCAAGUGAAUUCUACCCGACAUGGACAAUGGAAGCACCCUCAGAUUCUCUUAAAGAUAUUCUCCACAUUUGUACAGGUUGGCAAUCCAUUCCUAGGCCAGCAGAGCAGAAGGCAACUGCAUAGUUAUUAUUAAUAUCAUUAUAUAUUUGCGGUUAUUUGUACUUAUUAUCUCUACAGAGUUUAUCCUCUCCUUAAAAAAUGUUGAAAGUUGAAACGCUAUAGCUGGCAACAUAUAUCUACCUUUGUGUAAGACAUGAAUUAAUAUAGUUCAAAGCUUGCUCAGUCAA